CGCCCUCCUCUCCUGGCAUCCUUGCCAAGCGUCUCGCUAUCCAAGAUAGGCGAAGAGGAGAUGACGAUCGCAUCAUCCGUCAAGCUCGCCGGCGGCACGCUGUCGGUCCGCGGUAGGACGGUGCUGUCCGGCGUGCCAGCCGCCGUGGCGGCGUCCUCUGCGGCAGCGGCCGGAGCGGUCGACGGGGUCUUCAUUGGCGCCGACCUCGCCGAGCCGGCGUCCCGCCACGUCAUCUCCCUCGGCACCUUAAGGGGCGUGCGUUUCAUGGCGUGCUUCCGGAGCAAGCUAUGGUGGAUGUCGCAGCGGAUGGGGGACAAGGGCGGCGAUGUCCCGCACGAGACGCAGUUCCUGCUCGUGGAGUCUAGGGGCGCCGGUGGCGAGGACGAGGCGGCGGCUGCGUACGUCGUGUUCCUCCCGCUGGUGGGGGGCGCGUUCCGGGCCAGCCUCCAGGGCGGCGCCGGCGACGCGCUGGAGCUCUGCGUCGAGAGCUGGGACGACGACACGCGCGCGGCGUCCGUCGAGCGCGCGCUCUUCGUGGGCGCCGUGGCGUCGGACCCCUUCGCGGGCGUCGCGGGCGCCGUCGCCGCCGCCAGGUCCGCGCUCAAGACGUUCCGGGUCCACGCCGAGAAGAAGCUCCCGGGCAUCGUGGACUACUUCGGGCGGUGCACCUGGGAGGCUGGGACGCCUUCUACCAGGACGUCACGCAGGAGGGCGUCGAGGCCGGGCUCCGCAGCCUCGUCGCCGGCGGCGCGCCGCCCAAGUUCGUCAUCAUCGACGACGGCUGGGCGCUGGCAGUCCGUCGGCACGGACCAGCCCGGCCCCGACGACCACGCCGGAGAGGCCACGCGGCUGCGCCUGCCUCGGCUCACCGGUAUCAAGGAGAACAGCAAGUUCCAGAACGUGGAGGACCCGGCCGCCGGCAUCAAGACGGUGGUGCGCGCGGCGAAGGAGGAGUACGGGCUCAAGUACGUCUUCGUCUGGCACGCCAUCACCGGCUACUGGGGCGGCGUCCGUCAGGGCGCCGCCGGGAUGGAGCGCUACCGCUCCAGCAUGCAGUUCCCCAAGAUCUCGCCGGGCGUCGCCGAGAACGAUCCCGGCAUGACGACCGACUGGAUCACCGCCCAGGGGGUCGGCCUGGUGCACCCCCGCGCCGUGUACCGGUUCUACGACGAGCAGCACGCGUACCUCGCCGCCGCCGGGGUCGACGGCGUCAAGGUGGACGAGCAGUGCAUCCUGGAGACGCUCGGCGCCGGCCACGGAGGCCGCGCGCAGCUCACCAGGCAGUACCACCAGGCGCUCGACGCGUCCGUCGCCAAAAACUUCCCCGAGAACGGCAUCAUCGCGUGCAUGAGCCACAACACCGACGCCCUCUACUGCUCGAAGCAGACGGCGGUGGUGAGAGCGUCGGAUGAUUUCUUCCCGAGGGACCCCGCGUCGCACACGAUCCACAUCGCCGCGGUGGCGUACAACAGCGUGUUCCUCGGCGAGUUCAUGCUCCCGGACUGGGACAUGUUCCAUUCCCUCCACCCCGCCGGCGAGUACCGCGGCUCGGCCCGUGCGAUCAGCGGCGGCCCCGUCUAUGUCAGUGAUGCCCCCGGGAAGCACGACUUCGAGCUGCUGAAGAAGAUCGUCUUGCCGGACGGCUCGGUGCUCCGCGCGCGCCUGCCUGGCCGGCCGGGCGACCAAGGACUGCUUGUUCACCGACCCGGCACGCGACGGCGUCAGCUUGCUCAAGAUAUGGAACAUGAACAAGUUCACCGGCGUCCUCGGGGUGUACAACUGCCAGGGCGCGGCGUGGAGCUUCGUGGAGAAGAAGACCACGUUCCACCACGCUGGCGUCGGCGCCCUGACCUGCGGCGUGAAGAGCAGCGACGUCCACCUCGUCUCCGAGGCCGCGACGGACCCCGAUCAGUGGAGCGGCGACUGCGCCGUGUAACCUCCCGCCUCCCCGAGGCCGGGCCCGUUUACAUCUGGCAGUUUUCUAGGACAUAGACUGUCCUCACAGAUCAACACUAGUCUUUUCUGCACACAUCUGCCUGCUCAUCCUGUAACGUCCCGCCUCCCCGAGGCCGGGCCCGCUUACAUUUGGCUGCUUUCUAGGACAUAGAGUGUCAUCACAGACCAACACCAGUCAGCUUUCUAGGACAUAGACUGUCCUCACAGACCAACACCAGUCUUUUCUGCACACAUCUGGCUGCUCAUCCUGUAACGUCCCGCCUCCCCGAGGCCGGGCCCGCUUACAUCUGGCUGCUUUCUAGGACAUAGAGUGUCCUCACAGACCAACACCAGUCUUUUCUGCACACAUCUGGCUGCUUUCUAUGACAUAGACUGUUCUCACAGACAACACUAAUCUUUUCUGCACACUUUGUUCUCACUCCAUCUGGCUGCUUUCUAGGACAUAAUCUGGCUGCUUUCUAGGACAUAGACUGUCCUCACAGAAGAACAUCAGUCUUUUCUGCACACUUUGUUCUCACUCGUGCGCAUCCGAGAAAAAACUUCCCGGUCGGUCACCCAUCCCCAAAUUUCUCCGGACCAAGCACGUUUAACCUCGGAGUUCUUUGGAGACCGGCCGUGUCGCCCAUCAAGGACCUGGCACCCGGGUUCAGGUUCGCCCCGAUCGGGCUGGUCGACAUGUUCAACAGCGGCGCGGCGGUCGAAGGCCUGACCUACCACCUCCUCGACGGGGGGCAAGCUCGUCGGCGGUCGGCGACGCCGGCUCCGCUUGUAGAUCAGAGGAGGCCGUCGGAUUGGCGUGCAUGGAAGUGCGGGGGCGUGGCAGGUUCGGCGCCUACGCUUCUGUCAGGCCUAGGAGGUGCAUGGUGGGGUCGGUUGAGAUGGAGUUCUCCUACGACCCUUCGUCCGGGCUGGAGACCCUGCAGCUGGAGGAGAUGCCCGGGGAGAGGGUUCACAAGAUUGUCGUCGAGUUGUAGACUUGCGGUGCGGUAGCAUCAGCAAUCCAGAACACCAUAUGUACUACUCCCUCCGUCUUUUAGAAUACAACUAUCUCUUUCUCUUCCUGGGAGUCUCACCAAUUUUAUAUAAAAUAAUAUUAAUAUUUAUGUUUGUUCUCGA